AUGUACGGUGCUCCACCUGGGUUUCCACCACCGCCGCAGCAACCGGCACCGCCACCAUCAGGCUGGACUGAGCAUCUGUUCUACACAAAUGGGAAGGGCACGCCGGCCUUUGAAGCACUGAUGAAGGAGUUCUUUGUCAAGCUUGAUCCCAGGGGAACCGGGUAUAUAACCCCAGAGGCUUUUUCAAGCUUUUUGGAGGCCUCGCGUGUUAAGGAUUCGGACAACGUUUGGAAGAGAAGUCUCAAGGAUGAUGGCAUAUACCCGAAAGAAGACAUGGCCGACUUUGAACUCAAGGCUGCAAUCGAGGGCUUCUUCUUCGAUCACAAAGUCGUGGUGCGCAACCCGUCCGCGAAGCAGCUGCCAUACGGUGGCAUGCCCCUGCUCAGCUUGGCCGGUUUUAUCGACUUCAUGUCAGUCGAGUACGCGGCGGAUCCAGACGACAUAUUCGUAGUACCUGGACUUAACAAUGCCUUGCGCGUUUACAACAUCUGGCCGGAGCGUGGGCCCUUGCCGCGUUACAUAUUUCCCUCUAGACGGCCAAUCGAAAUACAGCAGCGCAUCGAUCAAGCAACCCGGCGUUGUGCUGCAAACGCGCAGGAGAAGCUCAGGGCGAACCAGGCACGAAUCAACAUAGAGUUGCAAGGCCAACAGAAUGCCGUGGAUCUGAUUGACGGGACUCAAAGGUACUAUCGGUAUUAUUGA